GGACACUGAGGAUGAUGAUGAUGUACAGGGAUCCAGUAACUUCAGUAUCACUAUUACUUUAUAACCCAGAUUGAGGGAGAGGAGAGGGAUUCUUCAGCAGGAUUUCAGGGGUGAAGGACUGCUCCCUGUAAGCAUCCAAAAUGCCGGUCAUAAACGUAGAUGACCUGACGGACAAGGACAAGGCUGUAAUGGAAGUAAACCAACUUAAAAUUGAAGUGAAACUUGAGAGGUGGUUGACAUCUAAAUGCUGUGAGGAAAUCAAGGACUACAUUCAGUCUGGAGAGGAGGAGGACAUCCUCGUCAAAGGCAUUCCAGAGGACAAGAACCCCUUCAAGGAGAAAGGUGGCUGUGUCAUCUGCUAGACUGGACCUGAGGAGCUUUUCAUAUCUCUGAUUAGCACCCAAGGACAUUCUCCCUCCCCUCUUAAAAUGGAUUUGCAGAAUGAGAAGACUAGAGGGAUAUAAUAAAGAUAAAAUUAUUUAAAACUUCCCAUGUUAACAAUUCCCCAUCUUCAGGCCAGAUUUGUAGCCUCAUAAUUUGAUUCUUUGAAAUUAUGCAAUAAAUAACAAUUGUAUUGGCAA